AUGAGAAUAUUUGGGUCAGAGUGUUAUGCAUACAAACAGAACAAGAAAAAGUUAGACUCUCGAUGUGAAAAAGGGAUUUUCAUUGGUUAUGACAAGAAUAGCCCUGCAUAUCUAGUUUUCUAUCCAGAUUCAGGGAAAGUGAACAAAAGUAGGUUGGUGGAGUUUAUCACAAAGAGUGGGACAGAAUGCCAGAUCACAGAUCAGUUAACGUGUGAAGAUGAUGUGCGUAGGGAGAGCGCCAAAACUCACCUACCAAAACCUGAGAAAAUAGAACCCCAGGACAUAAGAACUGAAACGUGUGACCCAAGCCCCAACACAGGUGAAAAGGAAAGUGUUGAGAGCAGGUGUUAUCCACAGAGGGAGAAGAGGCCUCCACAGUAUUUGAGAGAUUAUGAGUGUGGAAUAAACAGUGAUGAUGAUCAUGCAGGUGAUGUACCCCACACUCUAAGAGAGGCUAUAAGUUCACCAGAGUCAGAAUUGUGGAGUAAGGCCAUGCAGGAGGAGAUGAACUCUCUUAAGGAGAAUGAUACGUUUACACUUACAACACUACCUGAAGAUAAUGUUGUAUUUUAUCAGCCACUGGAUAAUGAUCAGGAUCUUAUAAUUGUUCUCCAAACGGAGUGCAUGAGAAAAGACUUACAGGACCAUGGGAGUAACAUUGUGUUUUUUGAUGCCACACACUGUGUGAAUCAAUAUUCCUUUCCACUUUUUACACUGCUUGUGAGAGAUGACCAUGGUCAUGGAGUUCCUAUUGCAUACAUAAUAACAAGCAAUGAGACACAAGAAACCCUUAAGCUUGCACUUCGGAGGCUACGACCUUUGUUCCCUAAGCCACCAAGGUGCUUCAUGGUUGACAAAGACAUGAGUGAAAUAAAUGCUUUGAACGAUGUUUUCCCUGAGUCUGAUGUUCUUCUUUGCUGGUACCAUGUACUCCAAGCCAUUGUUCGGUGGUUGAUGAAGUCAGAUUCCAGUGUUAGUGGGCCACAGCGUUCAAGUAUCCGGAAAGAAAUUAUUGAUUACUUCAAAAAAAUGAAAGCUUGUCCUAUGAAGGCUGACUUUGACAGAAUGUCUAAACAAUUCCUAAAGGAAUUUUCUCACUACAAAGAGCUUUGCAAUUACUUCCAGAGGUACUGGGAACCAAUAAGUCAUAGAUGGGCUGACUAUGGACGUUGUUAUAACCAUGGGAAUUCAGAGACCAACAAUUUAAUAGAAAGGUUCUUCCAUCGACUGAAAUACCAAUUCUUAUCUGGGAUAAGAAAUCGGCGUUUGGAUGACUUGCUUGACGUCCUUCUUUGCAAGACGGAGACUUACUUUCAGGUGAUAAAACACUUGCAAUCAGCAGGAAGAAUGGCAAACUGUGUUGCCAUGAAGUUGGAGGAAACAUUAAGCAAAGCAACUAGAAUGAUGGAAAAAGGCUGGAUUGACCACAUUACAAGCGAAUCAUCGGAAAUAUAUGUCUAUAAUGUGCCAUCCGAACAAGACUCCUCACUUUCCUACAGAACCUGCCCAGCGGAGUGUUUCUGCAGUUGCCCUGUGGGUUUGAAAGCUGGAAGCUCAUGCAAGAGCUUUACAAAACAAUGGUCACUUCAGUAUCUGUUCUGAGGUGAAGAUGGAAAUCGACGUCGAAAGUCUUUGUGGGAGAGGAACAUAUCAUACAGAUUUGGAAACCUAUUCUUGUUCCUGUUGCACAUUCUCAUAUCAUUGCAUAUGUCCCUGCCUUAUUUUAGCACAACAGUUGUUUGGCAUGACCAUUAAUGAAAAAUUGUGCUGUUCUGUGAAUCAAUCUGACAAUGCUGAUGUGUACUUUGAGAAACAAGACACAACAAGUUUAGACUUCCGGAGACUAGAAGAUGUUCUUGCAAUUAUCAAAAGAUGGCAGACUGUUCCAGAGAACAUCAAAAGCCAAAUAAAUGAUCUCUAUGUUAAUGUGCAACAAGAAGACAGAAGUCUUUUGUCAAAAAGGCAUUGUACCAAUGACACUUCAAGGAAGAUACAGCCACUCUUCCCAUGCAAUGCAAAAAAAAGAAAAAAGACUU